UGUCCAACCCAAUGCAUCGCUCGCGCUCCUGUCGCCAAGGUUGCUACAUUCCAAAGCAUUCGCUUUCUUAACACUACUUCAUCAUCAGCUACUUAUUCUGAGGACAAAGAUUGUAUCGCCGUUAUCAACUUUAACCGUCCUAAGGCCUAUAAUGCUCUUUCGCGUAAAUUUGUUCGUGAAUUCCGUGAAGCACUUCAGGAGCUUCGUUACGACCAAGAUGCCAGGGCCGUCAUCAUCAGAAGUCUGGUAGAUGGCGCGUUCUGUGCCGGCGCAGAUCUCAGAGAACGUUCCACAAUGAACUUGACAGAGGUGAAGCAGUUCCUAGCCAAUUUAAGGGAUAGCUUCCGUGAUCUUGAGACGUUGCCCAUCCCACGAUUGCUAUGGCACUCUGCUUGUGACAUGAGAGUCGGAGGUGGCAACAAGAAAGUUAAGAUUGGAUUAGUCGAAACAAGACUUGCGAUCAUUCCUGGCCGGCGGCAGCACGCUCCCCGUUUAAUUGGGAUCCCCAAGGCUAAGGAACUCAUUUCGCGCAUCUUGAACCAUGCUGUUAUGGAAGAUUCAGGAUAUGACAAAGCCUUGGAAAUAGCCGUGAGAUCCUACCCAUGGACCUCUUGCUAUCCCGAUUCUGGAUUGGAGUAUGAGCAGGCUUGUCUUGCUGCUUUCCGUGAGAAGAGGAAGCCCAUCUACAAGGGUAAAUAAAUUAAAUAGACAGCGA